AUGCAGGUGGAGGCCAAAAGGGCUAGUACAGCUGCAUACCAAAUAGCUGUAGGCGAUGAUGGAAGACAUCUCUACGACUACAGUACUGCGAUGUGGAAGGAAACGGGAAACCACCACAUUAACAUCCCUAGUACUUGCAGAAUGAAUUGCCAACUCAAUGUAAAAAAUUCCGGACGUAAAAUAGUCUCCCAUUCGGAUGUCCGGGUGGAGACUACUUUGAGAGAUGCAAAGUGGAGGUACAAAAGAAUUGGUACCUGGAAUGUAAGAUCCCUUGGAAGAUGUGGAAAAUUUGAAAAUCUUAAGCUGGAAAUGAAAAGAUUGAAUAUCGACAUACUUGGAGUAAGUGAAAUAAGAUGGCCCGAAUGUGGUGAUUUUUGGAGCGAUGAAUAUAGAUUUGUUCACACAGGCUCAAGCGAUAGAUACACAGGAGUAGGCUUCCUGAUGAAUAAACAAUGUGGUAAAAACCUUAUGAGCUAUUAUCAAUGUACUGACAGAAUCAUCAUGGUAAAAAUUAACUCCUAUCCAACAAUAACAACGAUUAUCCAAAUAUAUAUGCCAACAACAACGCACGAUGACGAUGAAGUCGAAGAAGUGUAUGACAAAAUAGAUGAAGUUCUAAAGAUGACAAAAGCUGGAGAAAACGUCAUUAUCCUAGGAGAUUGGAAUGCAUCAGUAGGAGAACAGAAUGACGGAUAUAUAGUAGGAAAUUAUGGACUAGGGAAAAGAAAUGAUAGAGGCGAGAGACUCGUACAAUUUUGUACACAACACGAGCUUGUGCUAGCAAACACCCUGUUCAAGAACCAUAAACGAAGAAGGUACACAUGGAAAGCUCCUGGAGAUAUAGCGAGGUACCAAAUUGAUUACAUUAUGACAAAACAAAGAUUUAGAAACCAAAUCAAACAAUGUAAAGCAUAUCCCGGAGCAGAUAUAAAUAGUGACCAUAAUCUCUUAAUCAUGGAAUCAGAACUAAAAUACAAAAACAUUAAAAAGAAAAAUAAUAUUAAGAGAUGGAACCUACAGAAAUUAAAAAAACGAUGA